UGACAGUGGAUAACAAACAGUGUGGUCGAGAUUGAUAUCGAGAAAUUGAAUCAAGAAGGUUUGAUAUGACUGAGAUAGGCUCUGUGUUGAAUAGAGUCCAAAUAUUGGAAAGAUCUUUCGAUGUGGUCCACUCUACUGGAAAGCCGCCGGUUAUCCAGCCCGUCCACCCAUUCAAUCGACCUCGAACUGCCAACAAGAAAAUAGGCUUAUUGUCAAACCAUGUAUCAGGAAAUGAAAACUCUUCGGAAGUAACAGCGGAAACGAUUGAAUCAGAUCAAAGAUCUCUGUGUACUUCAAGCAGAGCAGUUAUCGAGAAUCGAGACGAGUAUUCCGUCGGCGAACCUCGAAACACAGUAAUAUGUCGAAUGAGAUCUGGAGUGAAAAACAUCAGUCCUGGACAGAAGUGCCAAGAGAGAGAGAUCGUGGUAACUCCACCUGUCUCAUCCGGCAACAAGAAAACGGUCGAAAUCCCAGGCAGAGUAGCGUUGCCUAUGUCUUCCGCGUCGGUAUCCUCUGCUUGUCAACGAUCGCGUAUCGCUCGUCUAUAUGGAAUUCGAUCCAGAUCGCCUGCUCUGCCUCUGUCGUCAUGGAAGAGGAGAAGGCCAGUGGUAUAGGGUCCUCCUCGUCUUCCCGUUCAUCUCUAAGCAAUGAAGAACUUGGGACAAUUGCACAGCGUGCCUUGCAGCUGUCCGUGAUAGCAGCGGAAAGUAAACCAAAUCGCAGAGAGAAUUCCCCAUUGAUGCAGUUAUUGAAAACGAAUCGUAUAAGAAAAGUUGCCUUUCACGGAAAUAACAAGGCGUUUGCGAUUGCUUCAGGAGUUGAGUCUUGCCAUCCUCACGAUGCUGGACUCAUAUCUCCAGUUCAUCACGUGUCGAAUUCUAGUGCAAAAAAGAAAUUUAUUCCCGGGCCGUCCAAAGAAGUCUCGUCAAAGCUUUCUCGUGCAGAACGCAUUGCGGCCUUGAAACGACACAAUAGGCGGAUGGCACCAAGCCCUGUAAACGAGCAUGCUCUCACUGAGCCUCACGAUUCUUCGAAGCCGAUUGAGACAACUUUCCGUCCAUCAUUUGGGCAUCUGAUGAAUUUGCAUACUCAUAUUCGACGAAAUGAUGGUAGCUCAACUUCAUGUUCAAACACUGCUUUGCCUCUCAGAGUCCAAGGACUGAGCCAGGCAACACUUCAACGACUCUCGCCAUCGCCAGAGGAAUGUUCGCAAAACACCGUCCAGUCGCAUGCGAAAAAUGUCUUUCUCGAGGAAAAUGUUCAAUCGGAUAGAAUAGAGUCGUCGACCAUAUGCCGUUUUCUCGUUCGUUCUUCCGACGAAAUGGUCCUUAACCAUGGUACGCCUGGAACAGAACUAAACUCGGAAGCAAAGAUGCCGAGGUCCCGUGUCUUGAUCGAGAACAAAGAGCGCGGCUUUGUCGAUACGAAGAGCGAGUCUGCUCCUUUCGUCAGCUCAUGGAUUCCGGAAGGGAGUUCCAAGACUGGUGCAAGAACAAGAGUAGAAAACUCCUUAGUACGAGAGAAAUGUGGCGCUCAAUUGUCAGAGAAUAGCAGUUCUGUACCUGACCACGAAGAAGAUAUUUUUUCUGGUCUCGACACUUGCAGCACAACUAAGAAAGCACCUGAGGUAGCGUUGCCUCCUUUGCAUAGUAGAAGCUAUGUAGGGAAAGCUACCGAGACUGAGAUGACAGGAGUUAAAUUGAAGAAAAUAGCUCAUGUCUCAUCGGAAUCUACUGCAUCUAUGGGGGCUGAUAACACUACAUCAACGGACGGCUCAGUCCACUUCUUUGAAGAAAAUUCAGCUGAAAGUGGAGAAUUAUAUGAAGGCUAUCCACAUUUCAGGCAGGGUGGAGUUUCUGAUCACGUCCCCGCUCGCUGCUCACAGUCAGGAGGCGAUUCCGCAAGCUCAACACAGAGCACUUCCACGCCGUCAGUAAUAUCAGGCGAUAAUACGCUAGCAGGAGUGGCGACAAAUAAUCAGGCAAUAAAUGGAGAGGGCGACUCGCUUUUCCUCAAUUUGGGUUGUGCUAUAGCAGAUUCGCUCGACCACUUGUGCAAAUUGACAUACCAGGAAUGCAAUUUAGAAGGGACUGCGGGUCAACAAAACGACAAAAGCAAAACGAGUUUUCGGGAUGAAAGGACAACAUCUUCCGAGGGGUACACGGUACAUUUGAACGACGCUGUGAGCACACAGAAGGGUACUGGAAACAACUACGCCACCACUAAGCUCUCUUCUAGGAAUAUGAUCGGAGUAGAUACAGCAACAGAAAUUCGUGGAGCAGCUCAAACAGGGCUAGAGUGGAACAGGCGAUACCUACAACCUAAGGAAGAAGCUUCCCUUGGAACUAAGGAAAAGACAGAGUCGAUUUUGGUCCCGAGGAGAGAAAAGCUCGAUUUUAACGAGGAAAGAAGGCAGCAAGCCCGGGUGAAGUUGCUCGGUCACGCAGCUAAGGCUGUUUCGUGGAGUGUUUUACAACCGUCAGCGCGAUCAGAAGGUGAUCAAGAGUGCACAGAAAUACUGCUUCAGGAUCCCAAUACCCUUUUUCCGGCUAAAAAAUCGUACCCUCUAAGAAAUGCGGCAUCGGAGAUACCCCGGAACAACCAAACAUCCCUGGCUGCAUUCUCAUACAGGCUUCGAAAUCCAGGCAUCAAAGUACUCAAACUGGGCCGGAAAAGAAAGUGGCAGAGUCGCCACUUGACUGUCUCUCGACAUCCAGAAGGAUCCGGCCUCGAAUCCAACUGUCCAAGUGCCUUAGUUUGGCUCAAGGAGCCACCAAAAAAGGUGUCGGUCAACUUCAAGGAGGGUUAUGCAGGCCGCGGAGGCUUUCUUUUUUCGAAAUUGGUACACAUUGACACUGGUUUCGCAUCGUCAACAUUCGUUCCUUCUAUCCCUAAGAAAUGGGAGAACGAGUUCUCACAGCUUGGCGUGGGCCUUGUGUGCUAUAGCAUGAGAAAUGGUAGCAAUAGAUCGCUCAUCUUUUGCUUUACAACCGAAGACGAAGCUGGACAUUUCCGAACAGCUAUGCAGAUAGUGAAAGAUGCUGCCAAUUGA